UCAGUCUGUCUGUGCUUCUUCAUCCAACAUGUCUGCAGCACUUUACAGGACGCUGCAGACUAGUUACCAAAGAACGAGUCAGGAACACAUCAGGAACAAACUGAGACACAAUCUGACUGAGACUAGAAGACAAGGAGGGACAGGGAGGUCAUGUGACCAUCACAGCUGCUGCUGACGUCAUCAUGUUGUGCUUUGUUGUCCUCAAAGGUUACAAGGUGGAGGUGGAUUCAGGGAUGGAGUCUGUCCUGCUGCCCUGUAAAGCCACAGUUCGCCUGCCUGCAGAUGGUAAAGUGGAGUGGACGGAUAAAAAUGGAAAGGUCCACGUGUAUGAGAACGGCUCUGACAAGCCUGAAUACCAGCACCCAGAUUUUAAAGCCAGAACCAAGAUGAGGAAAAAUCUGCUGACGCUUGGAGACUUCAGUCUGACCCUGAAAUACCCGACAAUCACAAACACCUACACCUGCACCAUCUACAGCAGGGAGGGAAACAUCCUGAUGGAGAAACACGUGAAGCUGACUGUCAAAGUCCCCCAGGUGGAGGUGGAUUCAGGGGAGGAGUUUGUCCAGCUGCCUUUCAAAACCUCUUCAAAACUUCCCCUGCUUGACAUAGCAACCAUUGAGUGGACAAACACAUACGACAUGAAGGUCCACGUGUAUCAGAAGAGCUCUGACCAGCCUGAAGAACAGGACAAGAUCUACACAGAAAGAACGAAGAUGAAUGAAGACCCGCUGAAAACUGGAGACCUCAGUUUGACCCUGAAAUACCCCACAGAUGGAGACACGGGUAUCUACACCAGCGUCGUCUACGGCAGCGAGAGAAACAUCCUGCUGAAGAAAAAGGUGGAGCUGAGAGUCAAAGGUCAGUGCUGUAGAUACAG